AUAGGUACCCCGAAAGUUUGGCAUUCAUUACAUAGGUAAAGAAUAAAUUAUUAAAGACAUGUUAAUUCCAUUUUACUCAGAAUUUAUUACUUAUGAGAAAUUAACGAAAAUUUGGACAAAAUGACAAAAGUACCCAAACCACAUUUUAUUGAUUUUAUUAAGAACAAGAAAAUUUACACGGCCCUCUUUUCGAUUUUCAUGCGGUUAAAGGGCAGAAAUAUCGAUGCGAAACGGGUCGGUUCGCCGAGAAGCGAACGCAAAUAUUUUUGUAAAUCAUCCCUUUUUUACCAAAAUGCAACCAGCAUAACGGUAUUAAAAAUAAAAUACAUAUUUUUUUAAGUACUUAAUCAGCUGGAGACAGGUCUUGCGCAGGCGCAGACCAUCGACGUUAGUUCGACGAGACCGUGCGCGUACGUGAAGCUUCGCCCUAUUCUAAAUUAAAACAAAGUUGUUUUUGUUUGUUGAUAUUAACCUUAAACUAAGUAGAACUUGGCAAAAUGCUCGUGCUGGGUGCUUGUGGAGUCCUGGGACAUCCACCCAACAUCAUAUCGAGGUGAACACUAACAGGAUUAACCUCAUUUUGGUUAGGUUAAUUAGAGCCGCGUCAGCAUGGUCAACAGCGGCUCGUUCACCUCGGACCCAGGCAAGCCGCGCUACCAACAACUCGGAGACGCAACCACGGUCUCCCAAACGGCCGAUUCGGGCGACGCCACCGACGUAGCCUGCAAGACCGAGUGCUCCAAGACCGCCGACAACGAAGACUCCGCCGCCGACGGCGCUCCGACCGCGGCCCGAUCGGACGAGACCGCAGCCCAGGAUGACGACGAAAAGGCCAGUCUCUGUUGCAGCCUUCCGCUGGACAAGGUCCAGGGGGUGCUUACCACCACGCCACCGCCCGACCAAACGGCGGAAGACAAAGCCAAGUCGCCUCGGAAGAUGCUGUGUUUAUACUGCGACCGAUCCUUCGUCAGUGCCAAUUUGCGACAGAAGCACGUGGAACGGGCGCAUUCCACCAAACCCAACCGGCGAGUCAGCGCCAGGAGGCAGAAUCAGUUAAGCGCGACUCCGUGCGUGUACUGCGAUAAGCUCAACACCUCGGAGCACACGCUUAACGACCUCUUCAAGCACUAUGUCCGCGAGCACACGUCCAAGUACUUCGGAUGUCUCAAAUGCGAGGAGAGGUUUCUGACUCUACCCCACCUCACCGACCACAAUUCUUCCAAACAUUCGGUGGACAAAAAGCCCCCAAUGAAAUUAUACGAAGUGGACCCGGCGGAAGACGGCGAUUCGGACGACUCUGAUCAAAAUAUCACACCUAAACUGACAAGGAGCAAGUUAAAGGUCAAGACUGAAGACUCACCCGAGACGGACACUGCCUCUGAUGUAGCGAAGAGACCCGAGUCGAAACGGAAGACCAAAAUCAAGGACAUGCGAACGAAGAAGAUCGGCGUUAAAACGUCAAAAAUCGCUCUGAAACGAAGCAAGCGAUUGCAGGCGCAGGCGAAAGACUCGGACUCGCAAAAGAAACGUCGCGAACGAAAAGCGCCGACUUCCGGCAAGUCGGACACGACUACAGACAAAAGCAAAGGUGCGUGCGUGAACCCUUAUCCCGAAUUCGACAAUUUCUAUCGCGUUAAGAAAAUCACCGACCAUUCCAUCGACAAUUUGAAAAUCAGUUCGCUCACCUUCGACGACGUGUUCGACAAAGCCUUCUUCAACCGAAUCAAGUGCAAUAUCGAGGAGAAUCUCCUCCACCAUAUCGACGGAAAACUGUUCAAAAACGAAGAGUCCGAAAGCCGGAUAUCGAAUUUCGAAAAGGAAGUACAAAACUCCAACCCUGAGAACUACGGUUGCGAUCUCUCGCUCAACGCCAUCACCCCCGUCGCUUCUAUCUCCCUAAACCCCCAAUUCGGUGAAGAUUUUGAAUCUCAGAUCGAAUACGGAGCGAAACCAUCGAAAAAGAAGACCCAAACCAAUAACGAUGAGGUCCACUACAAAUACUUCACCCGGAGAAAAUACCAGGCCAGCAUACUUUUACAGAAGGAAAACAGAGACUUGAGUAAAUUAGACAUGUGGACUCAAAUGGUGGUGAAGGAGCGCCAAGAACGAAUAUCAAACAACAAGAAAAGCGCGAAGGAAAUGGAAGAGUACACUCUGGGGCACGAGUACAAAAACAAAAUAAAAAAGGAGGAACUUAACCGAAUUUUGGACAGGAGAGGCCCGUUCGAAGAUCUCAAGGAAGAAGCCAGCAAGAAGGCGGCUUUCGACAAAUUAAACCUGACCUCGGACGAGGAUAUCAGCGAGGAAGUUUUUUCCGAUGUCCGAGAAGUCUUGAACGAUAUUCUUGACAGGGUGUUCGAGGUGGUUACUGAAGAAGACCGACCAACGGAAAACGACAGUAAGGAAAUCGACCACCGGCAAAUACCAGUUUUCCUAGAUCUAAGACGCAGAGAUUCUUCCAUCCAAGAAGAAAUAGAUCGCUCGGACAGGAUAGCUUUGAUCUGUUCCUCUCAGGAAACUGAGAAUUUUGAAGCGUCAACGAACAAGUCUCGAUCGAAUAACGAACUAAUCGAACUGACCGGUGAAUGGGCUCGAAGCAGGAUGUACAUAUGCGCGGCGUGCGGAGGGAAGUUCCCCAACAUGCGGUACCUUCUCGACCACAAAAGCGCGUACCAUCAGAACGUGUGGGUGCAGCAUUACGAGUUCGUGGGUAAUCAGAGUGAACUGUAUCGGCAUCUGAGUAUACCGGGUUUAGGCAAAAUCGGUGUGGUAGAGAAUAGUGUAUCGUGCAAACAGUGGAAGCGGAGCGACUCGCGGACUUGUACCAAGUGCGGGAAACAAUGCAACUCUCUGGGCGAACUUCACAGGCAUGUGCUGGAGUGCGGCGGAGAUUGGACUUGGAUGCUGGCCAGGAAAAAGUGCAAAUAUAGACCGUUCGGGGCCAAGUCUCGGCGGAAAAGAAAAGGUUUGGUGCGGCGGGUUUCAAACAAACAAAAGACUGAACCAUCUGAAAAGAAGAUUAAUAAGAAACCUUUGGAAGGACCGCGUCAAAGACCUAGUGAUGCUGACACGAUUCAAAGAAUGUUGGCGAAUCUUCCAGCGAAACGUUCCAGAAGAAGUCUGAUCUCCCUACGCGACGUCGUUUUUAAAUCGAGAACUAAUUCGAAAUCCCAAAACCAAACCACCCAAACAAGAAAAAUCGCUUGUGGUAAAACGAUAUGCAACAAACAGUCCACAGUGCCAAAUAAUUCAAAAGUUUCUAAUAACAAAUCGCAUAGCAAGUCUCUACGCAGUAUAAACAAAGUAUUAUCGUCCAGAAUUUUGGACUUUAACUCUUCGAUAAUGGUCAAGAGAAAAAUGAAGGCCAUACAUAGUCGCAGGUCGACUAUACAGAGGCUUAGAGAACAAGAAGACGAUGACACGAGUUCUGUAAAGUCUGAUGCAUCGUCAGUGUCGCAAAAACGAAAAUCACCCAAGAAAGAUUCUGAGGAAUCAAGUCCCGAGACAAAUAAAAAGAGGACAUUAGGUAGAAAACUAAUAACCAGCCGACUGAAUAUCAAGAAUUUUUUUCCAAUCAGAAAAAAAUCAUCGGAGAACUCCAAAAGUGCUGUUUCGGGAGAUUCUUCCAAUACCACCGAAAAUGCUACAAGAAACAAAAAGAAAAACCAAGCACUUGAUGAUUUGGAAGAUAAUAGCAAUUCCGGUUAUACGCAGCACUUUAAGACUAACAAAAAGGGAGGCCUAAAAGGUUUCGUCAGAGCUUUGAGUUUGCGGAAAAGAAAUUCGCGAGAAGAUGACAAUAUUCAAGUAAACCAAGCUCAUUUAACUGAUGCUUCCGACCCAAAAAACACAACUGCAAAAAAACCUACUAGAGUAAAAGCGAAAACUACAAAACCAUCUGAAGCUAGUAGUAAUCCUGAUAGUGAAGAUACUAAAACAGAACAGGCUGUACCGAAAAAGCGAAAAUUACAGCGUCGAGUACAAGAUAUCAUCGACAAAGUAAAGAAAUCCAAAUCUGAGAAAACGCAGAUACAACCGACGAAGAAGAACCUACCGAAGGGAAGCCAAGAGCAACCUUUUUUAGAGGAGAAGAGCACACUGUUGGAUAUUAUGCAGCCGGAAACAGUUGUGUCUCCCGCCGAAGUCAGAGAAAACAUGUCAGGCAAGAAAGAUCAUGUCCCUAUUGUUCCCACCCUGUCAGAUUCAAAGGAAAAUCCUCCCAUACCUGAAACGAUUUUCAACUUAAACAACAGCGAGGAAAAGAGUUUGCAGGCCAAAGGUCAGCUGGAUUUUGAUCAAAAAACAAAAACGAAUGUUGAAGUUAGUAUAGUUAGAGAGAAUCCCAUUAUUUCCGUUACCACUGAUGUUUCUUUAGAAGAAACAAAACAUCCUGUUAUCCCUACAUCGAAAAGCGAAAGUAUUUUACCGGUGCUCGUAGAUACGACAUUAAAACCAAAAUGUGUUCCGAUGGUUUCGCCUAAUUUAAAAGGAAAAAUAAAGAAACCUAAUAGGGGAUUGAAUGAUUGUAUUGCCAUGCUCACCAGCAAACUACAGCAAAAAGAAGAAAAAGUGUCCUCAUCUUUAGAAAGCCUGUUUAGUACGUCCUCAGUCACUAGUUCCGAAGUACGAAACGAGUUUAGAUCUCCAGUCGAAAGCGGUUUUCCACCUUUAAAGCAACAAAAAAACGAAUGUAUACUUAAAAUUCCAUCGUUUAAGGCAUCAAAAUCCCCAGUGGUCGAGGAAGAGGCUGCAUUAGAUCUCAGUAAAAAAUCCUACAGUAGUCCAAAUUUACUAAGCGCAUCUCACAAUGAUAUUAAGUUUGACGCCAUAGAAAAUACUAUAAACCGAGUUAUUGAGGGAGUUAUCGAACAUAAAUGUAAAGAGGUACUAACAGAGAAGUUAGCAGCACCUACGUGGUCUGUAGACUUAAUUAAAGCUAUCCAGAACCCCUCUAGCCCAAUUAAAAAGUUGAAUAAGAAAACUUUCUACACAGGUCGAACCCACGUCGAUGAUACUAUUGAUUUCGUGGUUAAUUCCAGUAGUACUUGGUAUGAAGAGAAAAACGUAAGCCAUGAAGUUAAAAAUACGUCUUCUAAAAAACCAAGAAGGAGGAAAAAUUCAGACGAUAAUUUAAUUAAAGAUAUUAUUUUCGGAAAAGAUAAACUUAUAAUAGCCCCAUCGAGUACUUUGCAAGAAUUGCCUUUAAUAGCAAAGAUUAAAGAGAAUGAAUUAAAAAUGCAACAAAGGAAUGCUAUUCUAGCAAAUCAGAAAAGUCUUGAAGAAGCCCAUAAAAAUGCUAUAAAUCUAAGUAGACCGUGUCCAAACAUUGAAAAACCUGCCUUUAUUUCAUCUAACAUCGUUCAACACCCAGAGCUAGAUAUAACUAUUACAAAGACAGUAUCAGAAAUAAAAAAUAUUACUUCUAAUAAUGAACAAAGCCCAGUAAGUUCUGACGAACCCAAAGAGGAUAAAACACAAACUCUAAAUGCAACUGAGAAUAUUGAAAAAAAUAUAACAAAUAAUAUAAAACUAAACGAAGAAUCGAAUAGUACUAUUUCAGAUGUUAAAACAACUAAUGUGACUGAUGCAAUUGUGGUGGUAAGAAAAAGAGGUAGGCCUCCUAGUAAUAAAAAGAAGGUGAAGGGCGAAAAGAAUGAUAUAAUUGAUAAAGCCAAACUUCCCGUUCUAGAAACAAACAUAGAUCUAGUUUUACAGACUCCAGCACCAUCAAAGGAAGGUAGUGCUACAAAUAUUCUACCAAAUCCAGGUACCGAUAAAAUUAAUUUAACUAUUGACACAGUAUUAGGCGUGGAAAACGAAACGCCUCAUAUUUUGGAAAAUAAAAGUAUUGACACUGCAUCUACAGCACCGCAAUACGAAUCUGAAGACGAGUUGCCAUUAGCGGUUAUAGCAAAGAAAAAUCUAAACAAAAAUAAGGCUACCAAGGAGAAUUUUGAAGUGAGUUUGGAAACAUGUACUCCCGAAACACUAGGUAAAUCAUUGUCUAAAAACGAAACCGAAGAUAUAGUUGCACAUUUAACCACCGACAGCUUAAAGGAAAACGAUCAAACCCUGAAUCAAAAUGAAAAUGUCAAUAUACAAAAGGAACCCGUACUUGUAGAGAACAGCACAGACAUAGUUAAAACACCGAGGAAGAAACGUAGGAAAGCAAAAUCUGUAGUUAAAAAGCCUCCUGCCAAAUCCAAAGCAAAGUCUCUUUCAGAGACCAGAAAAUUACAAGAAGUUCUUAAGAGUAAACAUACCUCUAAUAAGUUAAUUUUGGAUAACCCAGAUUUACCGCAAAUUGGCAGUUCGCUGGUACCAAAUUUGAUUGAAGAACCAUCAGAAUUAGUAGAUGACAGAAAAUCCGUUACCGAGAACGAUAAUCUAGUUAAUUUGUCAGAGAACCUUUACAAUAAUGAUUUUUUUGAAAUAGAAACCCUUAAAAAUACCAGUAAUAGCAUUUGUAAUAUGGAAUCAGAAGCCUUAAACAACUUAGAGUCAGUACACCAAGAUUGUUCAGAAACUUCCUCAAAACCGAUUGAAGAAGAAUUAAUACAUCCCGAAGGUUCUAAAGUCAAUCUGAAAGACCAAGAUCCCGAAUUAAAUAUACUUGAAAUAUCUACUGAAGCUAUUGAUGUCGUUCAGCAAGUUGUAACACAAGAUAACAACGAUAAUGCAAAGAAACCAUCUAAAGAUUUAAUUAAUAGAGGGAACAAAGAAGAUGAAGUUGGUGUUUUUCAAUUAGAUCUAGUUGAAAUGCCUAAUGAAGUUAGUGCUGUUACUGACCAAGAUGGGACACAUGAAGAAAAGAAAGACAACGAGGAGGUCACUAAACUUACCAUUAAUAACACAACAGAAGAACAGGAAAUUAAAAAAGAUAGCCAGUCCCUGUUAGAUAUAUCUCUAAUACCAUCUGAAGUUAGUGAUGAAAUUAAGCGAGAUACCAAUGAAUUAUGCAUGACUAAUGCCGAUAUAAAAGAAUCAAAUGAAGCUGUUUUUAAUAGCCAAAAUACGGAACUAGAACGAGAAAAGGACUGUGCCAUAUUAGACAUAUCAGAAGUUCCUCUUCAAGAUAACAAUGAAGAUGGUGGUAAACAAGACAUCAAACUUGCAAAUAACAAUAAAGUUAUAGAUGAAGAUGAAUCCCUGUCCAUCGGAGUUAACGACGUCACUCAGUUAGAAUCCGAUCAUAUGCCAUCAGAUAACGAUGCGAAAGAAUCAACUAGAAUUUUCCUUGACAAAGAAAGAACUUACUUAACUCGUGAAAUAGAAGAAUAUAAUAACUUCAAGUUAGAGACAUCUAAAUUACCUAAUCAAGUCAGUGGCACAGAGCAAGAUUUAAAGUUUGUAGAUAAUGAAUUAUUGAAUGAAAACGAGCUACCAAAACUAUCUACCGACAACCAAACAUCGAAAAGCGACAGUGAACCACAAUCAGUUAUAUCUGAAAUACCCGCUCAAAAGAGCGAUGUUUUGGAGCAAAAUAAAUUACAUGAGGAUCCUGAAAUUAAUUUAAAUGAAUCAACUAAACUUGUAAAGAAACGAAGGGGAAGAAGAAAGAAAUCUGAGAUAAAUAUUGUUUCUCAAGUUACUGAUGUCUCUAAGCUAGAGUCGGAAAUUGUAAAUACCGAAAAUAAUGUAAAUGAAACUAAUUUAAAUAAACCAGAAGUGUCUACAUAUCAAAUUACAGAUGCUACUGUACAAGAUUCGAUACUUGUAAGUAAUGAAAUGGAUGUUAGUAAACCAUCUAAAGCUCUAGUUUCUGGACGAAGAUCUAAACGCAAAAAAGAAAAAAACAACGAAACUGAGCUAAAUACAUCUGAAAAUUACAAUGAAAUUAAUAGUAUCGCUAAAGAAGAUGAAUGCAAUGUAAAACUUGACAAAUCCGAAGUAACUUCUGACGUUAACGAUGUAAUAACACAAGAUUUAUUAAAUGUAAAUAGUGAACCAGCUAAAAUCCUCACUACCAGCCGAAGAUCCAGGAGACAAAGAGAAAAACCAAAUGUAUCUGAAUCAGACGAAUCUGCAAAUCCAGCUCUGAUUAGUGAUACAAGCAAGAAAGAUUUGGUAAAUAACGAAAAUGCUGUGGAAUGUGAUGAAUCACAAUUAAAUAUAUCUGAAAUUCCUACUCAAGAAUAUGAUGUCAAGAAAUCAGUUACCAGCCGAAGAUCCAGGAGACAAAGAGAAAAACCAAAUGUAUCUGAAUCAGACGAAUCUGCAAAUCCAGCUCUGAUUAGUGAUACAAGCAAGAAAGAUUUGGUAAAUAACGAAAAUGCUGUGGAAUGUGAUGAAUCACAAUUAAAUAUAUCUGAAAUUCCUACUCAAGAAUAUGAUGUCAAGAAAUCAGUUGAAAAUGUGCCAAAUAACCAAAAAAGAAGACGCAGAAAAGAAAAAGUCCAUCAGUCUGAGCUAGAGGCAUCCGAAAUUUCUAAUCAAGUUUUUGACGACUUCAAACAAGAUGUUAUACUUUCAUGUAACGAAAAUUAUGUUAAAGAUCAGGACUUGCAAUUAAAUAUGCUUGAAAAGACCACCGAUAUUAAUGAUGUCAAUAAGGAAGAUUCAAUACAUGUAAAUAAGGAAAAUGAUGCCAAUAAACCAAAGGAAGUUUUGAUUAAGAGCCCAAUUACAAGACGCAGAAGAGUCAAAGGUUGCGCAUCCCAGUUAAAUACACCUGAAAUUUCUACUGAAAGUCUUGAUGCCACUAAGCAAGAUGCUGUAAAUGUAAAUAUUGAAAAUAUGGGAAAAGAUGAUUUAGAAUUAAAUAUAUUGGAGAAGGAUAUCCAGAUUAGCGAUGUUACAGUAAAUGAUUUGAUUCAGAAAGAAAGCAAAACUGAUAAACCAACUAAAUCUUCCAUUAACAGCCCGAGAACUAGACGCAGAAAAGGAAAGAACACCCAAUUAAAUGCAAUUGAAAUUUCUUCUGAAGUUAAUGAUACCACUAAGCUGGAUAGCGAAAAUCUUAUAAAAGAUCUUGAGUCUGAUUUAAAUUUAGAGAAAAUAUCUACUGAAGCUAAUAAUAUUAGUAUGGAGGGUACUGAUAUAGAUAAUAAAACCGAUACUAAUAAAUCAACAAAAAAAUUGGUAAAUAGUCCAAGAACAAGGCGACGCAGAGUAAAAGAAACUGAUGAUCAAAUAUCUGAAAGUUCUGUUCAGGUUAACGAUGUUAUUAUCCAAGAUUCAAUAAUAACUGAUACCCAAAAUGAUGUUAAAAGUGGCGAAUCCCAAUUAGAUAUAACCGAAAUGCCUUCUCAAGAUAGUUAUGUCCCUAAACAAGAUUCGCUAAUUGCAGAUAAUGAAACAGAUAUCAAGGAACCAACAAAACCUUCCGUCACCAAUCAAAGAACAAGACGAAAAUCUAAAAGCUCUAAAAAGAUCGACAAAAUUAAUAAUGAAUUGUUUAAAGAUUUUUCUUUGGUAAUAAAUAAGAAAACUAAAAGAAUUCUUCCGUCUAGUAUAGUAGAUGAUUCAGUUUGUGAUGACGUUUUAGAUUCUGACAUGUUAGUCAUUUCACCCACAGAAAACAUUAAAAAGAUGCCCGACAAUAUAGAUGCAGAUUUAAACAAUUGUUUAAAAACUUCUCUAAAUAAUUCUCUACUGUUGUCCCAUAGUAAUUCUGAAGAUCCUUCUCCAAACAGUUCUAUAGAACUAAAUGAUACUGUUGAAGAAAUGGAUAUGGAACUCGAAGAUAUUCCCAUAAACGCUAGUAUUAUUGAGAGAAAUGACGUACAAAUAUGUACCAACAAGGUUGUCGAUUCAAAGUUAAAGUUAAUUCCUGAAAUUAAUACUAGUCUAAACACCUUGAAUAUACCAACACUAGAUAAAAUGACAGGAGAUAAAGAAAGUGAAACAGAUUUUCAUAUAUUAACUAAUGAAGAAGGGGUAAUGAAUCUAACUGAUAAUUUACAGAAAGAGACAAAUAUUAAAGAAACUAAUGCAAUAGACGUUGUGAGUGAUAUUAAAGAAAUGAUGGAAGAAAUCAAGUCACAAUCUGCCAAUUCACCUCUUGAUGAUUGUCAGAUAACAAAAUUGCUAAGCCUUUGCAAAGAAGCCUAUGUUGACAUGUCAAAUAAUGAUAUUAUUGCAGCACAGAUAGCCCUGGAAGUUAAAGAAAAUAUUUAUGAUCACAAUGAUCUUAUAGGCCUUAAAGAAACAAAUUUAUUUGACAUUCCAACAAAUGACACAGAUAGCAUAGCAGAUACACAAACUAACAGUAUACCUACAGAAGAUUUGGAACAGGCCAUAAAAGUCAGUGAUGCCGAGAAAAUAAAAUCAGAUAUCUUUUUUGAAAACCCUUCAGAGGAACCCUUAGACCAGUCUGUUGUUACAAACGAAUGCGAUAUUGAAAAUUUGACAGAAGAAAAUAUUUUUAACAGUAUAGUUACCGAAGAUUCAGGGUUUAUUGAAAAAUCGUAUGAAGAAAAACCCAAGAAAAACAAAAAGAACAAAACAGUAAGGCGGACUUCUAAAGCAUCUUCCAGAAUAAAAAAAGCGGUAGAAUCAUUGCAAGGUAUUGAAUUUUCUGAUGCAGACAGGCUAAUAUUAUCCGAAGAUAUACAAAAUUCUAAAAAUAAGGAAACAAAUAUUAUAUCUGAUAACAGUUUUAAUAGCACUGAUAAAAAAUCACCUAGACUCCAAAGAAAAAAGAAGGAACAAAAGUUGUUAGAUUCGUUCAGCGAUUUAAAUGUCUCUAGUGUUGACACAAAACUAAACAUAAACAACGUUGAUACUGAAGAUAUCGACUGUCAGAAUCUCAACAUUUCUUCUACUGAUUUAAAUUCGGACUUUUUACCGCCCAAUGAAGUCCAGGGGCGUAGAAGAUCAAGCAGAAUUGUUAAUAAGGAAGUUGUAACAGAUAAUGAAAAUAGUAAAAAAGAUGAAGUAACCGCACAUGAAGUUAGUCCUCUUAUUUGUAACGAUUCUCCAGCCAAAGUAGCAGUUGCUAAUGACCAAAUAGCAAAUAAUAAAAAGACGAAAAGGUCUAUUGAAUUUACAGAACAGAAAACAACAGAAAUUGUCAAAUAUAAGAAUAUCAGUGAAAUUGAAGAGUCAAUUUUGAAUCUAGAAUCUGUCGGUACAAAGUCUCGAAGAUCGCGUAAACUUGUGAACUACAAUGAGGAGAAUCUAGUCAAACAAGCACUGGGUACGGCGGCUGAAUUACUGGAGACUGAUAUUUCAGAUCAUUCCAAAGAGACUGAUAAUUUUGAAAAAUCUGACGAUAAUUCUCUGGCUUCUGAACAUCCAGCAAACACUGCUGACAAAAUAAUUUCCUCACCAGUUGUACAAAAAGAAGAAGACUUCAUAAAUCCUUUGAAAGUGUUUGAUUUUGAAGAUUUUUUCACAAGCGAUGAUAACGAAGCAACCAAAACAGAUGAACAAGAUAUUAAAAAUACAUAUCUUGAUCAAAAUAAAAGUAAAUUAUCUUUAACUCAAAAAGUUGGUAAGAAACAGUCCAAACGACGCCAAAAGAAUACCAAUAAGAAAAUUAAUAACACUGAUCAAGAAAAAGUCAGUUCAAUAGCUAAGAACCCUGAAGAACUUACUUUCGAAACUCUUCAUACUAAUCCGGUAUCUGAAGAAAUAGAAAAUACUGUAGUGGAACAUAUGGUUGAAUGCGUCGAAGAAACAAUAGAGAAUGAACAUCCCGAAGAGGUAGUAAUAAGUCAAAAUAUAUCUGCAGAAAAUUUAAUUGAAAAUGGUGUAAACACUAUACCAAAAUUGAAAAUUUCUAAAAUAAAAAGGACUAAAAAGUCUUUGGUACAAAAUGAAAACGAAAAGACUCUGAACGAAACAAAUGAUCAGAGAUUGGAUGACAGUACAAAUCAAGUUGAAUAUAUAAAUUCUACAGAAUCUAUAACUGAUCUAGAGAGAGAAAAUAAAAUUUCAAAACGAAAUAAAGGAAAAUAUAAUUUGGAAUUAGAUAUUGAUUCUAAAACGAGGCAAAACCGUCGUUCGAGAAGAAAUAUUAAUUACAAUGAAGAAAACUUGGAGAAAACAUCUAUAGAAACAAAUUCUACAGAACCUCAAGACCCUCCAACAGUUCAGAAAGAUGUAGAAUCAAUUGAAACUUUAGAACUUUUAAAUAAAAGCGAUUCCAAUAAUGUUCAAUCUGGAGAAUUUAAGCAAAUUACUACCAGUCAAGAAACUUCGAGCUUUGUUAAAGAAAUAACAACGGAACUUGGUGAAAAGGAUCUAAUAAACGAUCAAACUAAUGAGGUAGAGGAGAAAAAUAUACCAGAAUUGGCUAAAGAAGAAGAUGUAAUAGAUAAGGUUACUGUUUCAAAGAACCUUAAAAGACCGAGGAGUGUUAUGGCACAGGAAGAAUCGGAUGACAGCAUAAGUAAAGAGCUUUUUAAAUUAUAUGAAGAUGAACAAGCCGAUCUAAAUAACAGCGCAUCAAUUUCACCUACUAAGACCCCAGAAUCGAGAAAAUCUAAGAAACCUAGAAACAAUAUGGAUAUAGAUAUAUCAAACAUUUUGGAUGUUGACAGUGGAUUCGAGAAUAGACGAUCGUCCAGAAAUAAGAAAUCUUUAACAAAUCAGACAAAUAGAAUUGAAGCUGAACUGCCAAAAGAUCAAGGAACUACAGUUCGUGACUCUACUGAAAAAGACAAAAAUGACAUCGAUCUGGGAAAUAUUCCUCCAGCGGACAUAAAUAUCAAUGGUGAAAUAUUUGAUACAUUCAACACAGUUUUAAAUGAGCCCGAAGACGACAUCCUUGAAUCCAAAAUGAUUAAAUCUAGUACUGAAACGACUAGGACUAUUAAAAAGAAGCAAAAGGCCAAGAAACAUAAACAACUCAAAAAUGAAGCGGUAGUAUCAUCGAAAAACAAUUGUGAACCUAUUGAACCAGAAGUUGACACCACUGUAAAUAUAGAAAAGUCCGAUUCUGAUCAAGUAAUUUCAGAUAAUCACAAAACCGAAACUCUUAAUGAAGUAGCUGUUGAUUCUAUCAAUAUAUUCAGUAAUGAAGAUGAAAGUAAACAGCCGACUGUGACGAAAACUAAAUCAAAAAAGCAAAAAUCAAAGAAAUCCAAGUCGGUCGUAUCCCUAAAGAACGUUUUUAAAAUGUUUGAUGGUGCCUUAAAAGUCAUCAAUCCUAACAAAAAUAGUGAAGAAGAAGCCAACGAUUUCUCGGAGGUACCACUAACAGACAUUAUCACUAGUUCUGAAAUGGACAUUGCUCCAGUGCUGGAUGAAAUCGACAAAUCCUUAGAAAGUGAAGAUAUCUAUGAGUUCAAUGAAGAACCCACUAUAAAGACAGUCGAAGUUAAAACUAAAUACAAAAAUAAGAGCAAAACUAAAUCGAAAUCUUCAUUUUAUGUAGAUAUUGAAGAACCUUUAGAUAAUAUUGACAGCGUUGACACAACCACCGUCACUAGGAAACGCUCUAAUAGAUCGGCUAAAACUAAAGCACUGGAAAAUAUAAACGCGAAGUUGGCGGAAUCUGGCGAAUCUAAAUUCAACACUGCAAUAACUAAUUUAUUAGAUCAACUUGUGGAAGAUAUGGAUACUAGCAUUUUAGGGGAUGAAGACGUUACUAACAAAAUUACUGAGGAUAGCGUUAUGGAUAUUUCAUCCGGGCAAACUGAAGUAAAUAAUUCACUUUCUGAUCAAAACAUACUAAAUUAUUCCGCUGAAGAAAAGGAAUCUACCACUACAGAUGCUAUGGUGUCUAGUAUAGAAAAUUGUUCGUUGUCUACUUUCAUGGCAAUGGACAAGAACGUCGAGGAGGAGAAUAAUUUAAAUCAAUUAAAUGAAAAUCUCGAAAAAUCAGAUUUAGAAGAAACAAACGAGUUCCAAGAAUUAAGGAGGAGCCGUCGAGGUAGUCGGAAGGUUGCGUCCUACAACGAAAACGAUUUGAUCGACCCACUUAUUGACGCUUUAGAGAAGCGGAGAAGUCAAGUCCGAAAGGACAAGUCCGCUGACAAGUCCAGUUCUAAAAAGGAUGUCUCGGUACAAGACGUGGAGAAAUCUAAAAAACAUAGCAACGAACAGACUACAUGCUCUGUUUUUGAUAAAAUAGAUGCAUCAUGCAAAGGGAAGACUUCUAAUCUAGACAAAUUCGAUAAACUGAUCGCAAAUGACGACACUCGAAGCAAUAUCCCAUCCGAUUUCGGCAGUGUUCCAGAAUCAUACUCGUUUGAAGAUAAAGCUAACGUCACUGAUAUUGAUAAAAUAUACGAAUUCACAGAAGACAGUCCGGAGAACACAGAAGAAAUACGCGAAUUGUUCAGUAAAUCCAAGAAAAGAUUUCAGGCUAGUAAGCGAGAUUUUGUCGUUGACAGUGAGGAUAUUAGCGCUAAUCUAAGUUCCCCGUCAAUUGACAACAAAAAACCAAAAGAAGAUAAAUCAAAAGACAAUAACAAAGAAAAACCCGCUUAUUGUGAAAUAUGCAACAAAUCAUUCAUACGCAUAGAGAACUUGUUAAAACACAAAACCACUCUUACUCAUAUUUCGAAACUUUCCGAAUUGGAAGCUAAGGAAGCUGAAAAGAGAGCCAGUGCGGAAAAUGUUGAAGCUGAUGUAGAGGAUCCUUCGGAAACAGUAUCUAGCGCACCCCUACAAGUAAGAGAAGAAAUCAGUAUAACAGACAUUUUGCAACAAUCAGAAACAUCCGCGCCACAAGUCGUUCAAAGAGACGCAACAUCUACCAAUAACCGGUCUUUAAAUUUGGUUGAUAUAAUCAGUGAUGUUUUAAACAAGCCUGUCUUAGAAACUUACAACGCUGGAAAACAUAGUUAUUCGGAUAUGGCUAUUCAAAAUAAAAUUGAUGGUCGCCAAUAUAAGAGUUUGGCUGAAAGAAAAAGUUUUGAUGCCGACAGUCAGCUCUCUGCCAUGAGCAGUUCAAUACCAGAUCCGUAUCUUCAGCCGGAAAUAUCUAAAACAUCAAUCCUAGAAAAGCAGAUUAAUCUUUUGGAAAAUAUAAUAGGAAGUAAUUUAGAAAAUGUUAAUGCAAGUAUCCAACCUGAGCACGAAAAUAAUUUUAUCGAUAUCUCAUCUUGCUCGAACGGUUCUGACGUUUCUGAAGCAAACUCUUAUGUUUCGAACAGAUCAUUUCACGACAACACCGAACUCAUGCCAGAUUGCAACAAUCCCCAGACAGGCUUUGUGAAACCGAAUCACUAUGAAGAAAUUUCCGAGGAUUCGACUAUAGCUCGGGAAAAACGAAAAACACUAAACAGAGACGAGGAAUUGUUUUUAGAAUGUUGCAGUUUGUUGAAAAGUGGUUCCGAAGUAUCGAAUUCGAAUUUUUCCAAAAACUCAAAGAAACCUUUAGGCCAUCCUGUAGAGUCUAGCGAGUGCAAAUGGAGACACGAAGUGGAAUUAGUUCAGAGAUCGGAAGAAGCACACGAGUACUCCGAUAAUUCGAGAACUCCAACUCCGUUAGGAGAUACGUACGACGACGACGCCUCUAAUUCUAAUACAAUAUCAUCGAACUGGCACUUGAACUCUGAGAAACCACCAACCGAAAAUAGAAGUUUCUCUUUCGAAGAAGUUAUAAGUAAAGAAGACAAUGAUUCGCAUUCCGGGAUUUCGUUUGGAGAAAUGUUGACCAAAGGUCUUAAAAAUCAAUUCGGCUCAAGUCCAAGUAUCCAACGAAGGAUUGAAAUUACAUCUUCAACGCCGAAUUAUUCCGGAGAUGAAAAAAAGGACGAUAGUGACUGUUCCACAGCAAGUAAGAAGAUAAUAACUAAAGGAGCCAGAAAAGUGUUUGAGGGUUUGAAGGUGUCGAUUCCGACGGAAGAAUUGAAUUUGGAGCUUCUUAAUCACAGUCCCUUGAACAAAAAGUAUGAAACUAAAACUGCGCAAGACAUUUCAGAACCUUCUAAUGAUACUCCUGUUACUCCAUCUAAGCCAAGACCUACCAGAAAGUCUAAACCAGUGAAGAAGUCUCAGGUCGGUAGUAAUUUGUUAUUCAAAGUAAAUAAGAAGAAGAAUUCUCCUAAAACUCCAACCAUUAUGGAUACUAAAAGAGACGUGUAUAAUUUUGAAGAGACUCAGUGUAAUACUGAUAUAUUUGUAAAACCCACUUCUGACGAUAUCAUUAAUAAGAACGAGUCUAAUAUCAAAGAAACAACUGGUGGCUUAGAAAAUAGUGAUAAUGAGAGCCUAGAUUACACGGACUCCAACGGUGCAGAUGCCCGAUCUAUAUCAACGAUAUCUUCUGUUUCCGCCAUCUCAUUCAAAAAGCCCGAAGUGACUACUCCAGAAAACAUAACCAAGAAGAAAUAUAUGAUAAUGGGCAAGAUAUUCAAAAACGCCGCCAAAUCCAAGAUGGACGAAAUCGACGAAGAACUGAGAAAUAUUCCCGAAAUUCCCGAAAUGGACAAUCUGGAGUUGGUUGAAAAUUACGUCCGUAGCUGUCAAAACGUUAGCAGUCCUAUCCCACCUCCGAUGCCGCCUCCGGCAUUUGACGAGUUACCCAAGAAACCUAAAAUGACUGAAGAAGAAAUGAACAUGCUCUUUGAUCAGUUGUUGGGUAAGGACGUAACCGAUCAUCACCCGACUCCCGCUGCUAAAUCGCAAAAGUCGGUAAGCAAGCAUUUAGGUCCGAAAGUGAAAACAGACAAAAAUAGUGAUCAGAAGAAAAAAUGUACCAAGCCGAAAAACCGCAAGCGGAUGCGGGGUAAUUCGGAAUCGUCCGACGACGAAUUCAAUUUAAAUAAAACGAUACGGAAAAGAACUAACAGAAAGAACAACGACGAUUCCGGUAUCAACCUAGAGUUGGAAUUGAAAGAGUGUAUCGGCGUGGCCAGCAGGAAAAGUCAAAGAAAGUGCACCAGCGGCAAACAGAACAUUUUAGUAGAGUAUUGGAGUUCCGACGAGGAAGCCUUUGAAGCCUUGCUCGAGACUCAGAAGAUUCCACCAGCCGCCAAAGAGGAAACGAAGAAAAAACCUGAACCUAAAACGGACGAUUUGGAAGAAGAAAUACCGACACCAAACGUACCCGAACCCGACCUUUCAAAGGAGAACCUGUUCCUUGAACCUCCUCUAAUAAAACCAGUCAAACCCAACAAACUAACCCAAAAGAAAAAGAUAGCUACUACCAGCAAGAAACCUAAAAUUCAAACGAAAAACCCUCAAGAUCCAAACAUCCCCUCUUCCACGGUCAACAGACGAAAAAGGGCUGCAGCCAAUCCGUUAUACCAUUGGUCCAGUUCAAGCGAGGACGAGUCCCAGUCCCUUAUCGAGAUUAAACCCUUACGAAAAGAGUACGAAGACGAAGAGGACAGGCCCAUUCAGCACGGCUGGAUCGUGGGUGAUUCCCCGAAAAAACUAGUGACUAUGUUAGCGUUAACGAAGGGCAAAAAGACGGAAGUGGACAGUGUUAAAGAACAGGGUAAAAGACGGACUAGUAACACGGCCAGCUGACGUUAAAAAUGAACGCUUUUGUUAACCUAUUCGCAAUAUUUUAACGUGCUCCUUAUAGAAAACUAUUGUAACGGUACGUUGUACCGGAAAGUACAAGGAAAGAACGCGUCGUAAAAAAGUUAGAAUGUGUAAAUAUUAGUGCUGCCUGGUAUAUAUUACAUGAUUUUCAUAGCGUAUUACUCUCUUAUAUAUUUUUAAAAUGUCCAUUAAUGUAAAAAAACAACAACACAAAUUAAACACUCUAGUUAUAUUCGAAAAGUUACGCUAGAUGGGUAAUGUAAAGAAUAUGUUGAUAGUUCUUUUCUCUUAGAUGGUUCUCUUUACGUUAUAAUACUGUUUGGCAGCUUUUUAGGGCAAAUUUAAGAGUUACAGGGGUCCCAGUUGUCAUAAAAUUCAUAAAAAUCUGAACUAGCCCCCCAUACACCAGCGGAUUUGAUCGGCGGAUUUAGUCGACGGACUUGGCUCGUCACAUCUCAAAACUCUGGUAUUAAAAUUUUAAUACCUGGCACCUUAAAAUUUUGAUGUAUUUUAAAGUUUAAUAUAUUUUGUUCCAGUGGGCCGAUUUUAAUGAUUUUUUAAGUAGCAUGUAGCUAAAUUAUUA